GCACUCGCGGAAGGGAAAUCGGCCGGGAGGUCUGCGCCGAGAGGAGGCGGCGGCGGCGGAGGAGGAGGAGGAGGAGAGCUACUGCAGGUGAAAGACCACAUCAAGUGCCCAAAGAAAGGAAACAGUAUCCAGACAGGGCAGAGAAUGUUGGAAUUAAGACAAAAUGAAUGAGCUGGAUGGAAACCAAACAAAAAUAGAGAAGAAUGAAUGUCUGGAUGCUGAUCCCCAAGCGACAAUAGAAGAAGAAAAACCUCCCAGAGAAGAGAAAGAUAAGAAAUGUUCUGUACGUGGAAAACUUUUUGCUCGUAAAUCAGCGCUUGAUGACCAAAACCCAACACACAAGGCAAAGAAACGAUACCAAUGCCUUGAGUGUGGAAAGAGCUUCAAGAGGAGUACAGACCUUCUCAACCAUCAUAGAACACACACUGGGGAGAAACCAUUUAGUUGCCUGGAAUGUGGGAAAUCCUUUAGUCAGAAGACGUCACUUACCACCCAUCAAAGAAUACACUCAGGGGAGAAACCAUUUAAAUGCUUGGAAUGCGGAAAAAGAUUUUGCCAGAGUGGUGCCCUUCAAUCACAUCAAAGGACUCACAUAGAGGUGAAACCAUUUCAAUGCUUGGAAUGUGGAAAGACUUUCAAACACAAAAGUAAGCUUAAUAUUCAUCAUAGAACACACACAGGGGAGAAACCAUUUGAAUGUUUGCAGUGUGGAAAGAGCUUCAGUCAGAAGAAGAGACUUCUUAGUCAUCAGAUAAUUCACACCGAAAACAAUCCAUUUAAAUGCCUCGAGUGCGGAAAGAGCUUCAGUCGAGAGGAUGUCCUUGAAUCACAUCAGAGAAUUCAUACAGGAGAGAAACCUUUUGAAUGUUUGCAGUGUGGAAAGAGCUUCUGCCUCAAGCCAAGCCUUACUCGCCAUCAGAAAAUUCACAAAGAAGAUAACCCAUUAAAAUGCCUAGAGUGUGGAAAAAGCUUUAUCCGGAAAGAUCACUUUACUUCACAUCGAAGAAUUCAUACGGGAGAAAAAGUGUAUGAAUGUUUGCAAUGUGGAAAGACCUUCCUUCACAGGCAAAGCCUUUUUAGUCAUCGGAUAAUUCACACAGAUGGGAAACCAUUUAAAUGCCCGCAGUGUGGUGAUAUUUUUAGCCGGAAGCAUCACCUUGCUUUACAUCAACGUAUCCACACAGAAGAGAAGUCUUUUAAAUGUCUGCAGUGUGGGAAGACCUUCAGUGACAGUAAUGCCCUCAAAACACAUAAAACCGUGCACAUCGGGGAAGAGCUGUAUAAAUGCCUAGAGUGUGGAAAGAGUUUCAAGUGGAAGGCCACCUUUAAUUUCCACCAAAGAACUCACACUGGGGAGAAACCCUAUCAGUGCUUGGACUGUGGCAAGAGAUUCUACCGGAAUGGUGCCCUGAAAUGCCAUCAGAGAACCCACACCGGGGAGAAACCCUAUCAGUGCUUGGAGUGUGGAAAGAGCUUCAGUGUGAGGGAGACUCUGAAGCUGCACCAAACUACUCACACGGGGGAAAAACCAUUUAAAUGCAUGGAGUGCGGAAAGAGCUUCAGUCGCAAGUCCUACUUUAAUUCACAUCAAAAAACUCACACAGGGGAGAAACCGUACAAAUGCUUGGAAUGUGGGAAGAGCUUCAGUUUAAGACAGUCUCUCUAUUUUCAUAAAAGAAGUCACACAGAGGGGAGUCCUUACCAAUGCUCGGUGUGUGGAAAGAGCUUCAAUGUGAGAGCAUCUCUUAAAUUACAUCAGACCACUCACACAGGAGAAAAACCAUACAAAUGUGCGGAGUGUGGAAAGAGUUUCAGUCGGAAGGCCUACGUCUCUUUGCAUCAGAUAACCCACAGAGGGGAGAAACCAUACAAGUGCAUGGAGUGUGGGAAGAGCUUCAGCCGAAGACAGUACCUUUAUUUUCAUAAAAGAAUUCACACAGCAGAGAAACCCUAUAAGUGCUUGGUGUGUGGGAAGAGCUUCAGGCGGAAAUCGUACUUUUCCUUACAUCAAGGAAUUCACACAGGAAACAAGCCAUUUAAAUGCUUGGAGUGCGGGAAGAGCUUCAACCGAAGGGAAUACCUUGCUUCACAUCAAAAAAUUCACAGGGAGACCUCUUCGGAAGAGGAGGAGUCCGACUCCUCCGAAGAAUCGUCUUCUAAAGAGGACGCGGCCCAACCUGAGGGAUCCUUAGACAGUGAUGCCUUAUCUGGGGUGCCCAGCAAAGCGUCGGACCCCUUGCUGGGUCCUGACUCCCGUUCCACCAACGGCUCCGGAGAGCAGCAGUGGCAGUGCAUCAGGUGGGACACUCAGAGCCACGACGGGGAAGCCCACCUGGUUCCCCGAAUACCCUUUCGCCCAGAGCACACGCAUGAGUAAGGCCCUCUCAUUCCAGCUCAGGAUUUCAUGGCCUCCAUGAGCCAACCUGCAAGUGUGCCAGCACUCAAGGCCGGGCACACUCUCGCCCGGUGGUUUUCAGCUGAUCGGGGGGGGGUGAUCUGAAGGUGGGGGACUUUGAUUCAGUCUCUUUUUCAUGCUCUGUUGAGGGUUAGGCAGAAAAUCUCUCCCCUGCUCUGUGAAGCUGGGCAACCUUUUAAGCCACCUGCUUCCCAAGAUUAAUGGAUCAAGAGGGUUUCCAGAGGUCUCUUGGGAGUUCCCUGGUAGAUAUGACUGGAUCUGUGAGAUGCAGGAGGGAUCGAUUUGGCUGACAUGGUCACUUCUGGGUCAUAGAGGUCCUAUGCCUUUGUGGUAAACCUUGAAGUUGAUAACCAUAGAACCAAGAGGACUAGAGCCCUCAUGGAGAAAAACUCUGAGUGAGUAGUCAGAGCCUAGUAUGUGCCUCGAAGUAGGUAUACCUAGAGGCAGUGAGCAGAGCAAGAAGCUUGGCGCCUCUGUUCAGUUUUCUAUCAGCUUCCCAGCAGACCUUUUUAGCUUCGUUCAGGGCCUACUACAUGUUGCCCCACGGACAGUGUAGUCCUUCCUGAAGCUCCCUGCAACAUAUUUGCUAGGCACUUCUGGGACAAAAGCCUUUUGCAUCCUUUGGGACUGAGACUCCAGAGCUAUGGGAGUAGAAUCAGGUAGAGGUACCCAGGGUGUCGUCUUUUCCUGGGUGAGUUUCAUCUGGUACAGCUCGAGAACCUGGUGCUUGGACAAGUUUGUGCAACCCACUUCUAGACUAGAAGCUUGCUCCUCUCGGCUUAUUGAAACUAGCCCUAUAAUAAUUGGGACCGGAACUUCCAAACAUACAACACCAAGUCUGGCCCACCUGCAUCGGCUGCCCAUAUGCUUCCAAGCCUGACUCAAGGCGCUGGUUCUAACCUAUAAAGCCUUAAGCAGCACAGGACCACAGUACCUGAUGGAGCACCUCUCAUGACCUGACUCUGCUUGGGCACCACAAUUAACACCUAAAGCUUUCCUCCAAGCCCAGCCUUCCAGGGAAGCUCAGAACACGGGGAUAAUGGGAAGGGCCUUUGCAGUCGUUGCCCCCCCCCCCCCGGCUUCCAAAAAUAUAUCUCUAAUGAGGCUUCCCUGGCCCCAACUCGGCUAAUUCUUCAGUGCGAGGUUAAGCAUGCCCGCUUCUCCAAGGCUUUCUGUGGUAGGCAAUGCCAUCUGGGGGAGCUCUUUUGUCAGUCUACACAUGUUGAGAUAAUUCUUUCAGCUGCUCAAAUACUUUAAAAUCCUAUUUUAAAUUUUGCAGAUUAGAAGUUUAUGCUGUUUUGUAUUGUGCAUUGUGUUUUUUUUUAAUGAAUUGAUCUGAAUCGCCUGAAGAGCUUCAGUUAUUGGGCGGUAUAAAAAUGAAAUGAAUGAGGAUGAUACUCAGGAACCAGGACUUACUUAUGAGGAGGCAGACUCAGCUGUAACUCCUGAACCUGCAGGCAGCCAGCAGACUCCCUCGGCCCUUUUCUCCCAUGGUGUCUUGGCUACUAUAUACAAAGUAUAUAUACUGGGCCAGGGUAUGGUCUGAAGGAACUUAAGACACCCCCCCCCCCAUGUUGGAGCUAAGCAGGUCUGGGCUGGCCUGAGCUUGGAGGGGAGGCCACCGGGGAACCACAUGUAUCCACACUGAGUUGCACAGUGGGAGAAAGGCAGGGUACAAAUAUAAUAAGUAAUCAUAGAAUAGUAGAGGUGGGAGGGGCCAGAAGGCCAUCAAGUCCAACCCCCUGCUAUUGCAGGGCACCACACCAUUCAAAUAACUGUCCAGUCUCUUUCUGAAUGCCUCUAGUGUGGGAGAGCCCACAAGCUCCCUAGGUGAAAGGCUCCAUUGUCAUACUGCUCUGAUGAUGAGGAAACUUCUCCUGGUAUCAAGGUAGAAUCUGGUUUCCUGUAACUUAAGUUCACGACCUGUACUCUGGGACGAUCAAGGAGAGAUCUUCUCCUCUGUAACAGCGCCUUCUUCUUUGUACCUUCUUUUAAGGUACUUGCAGAGUGCUAUCAUAUCACCAUUCAAACUUCUCUUCUCAAAGCUGAACAUGUCCAGUUCUCCCAAUCGUUCCUCCUGGAUCUUUGCCUCCAGUCCCUCAGUCUGCCCUCCUCUGAACCCUUUCCGGCUUUUCUGCAUCUUUUUACAACUCUGGUCCCCAGAACGGGCUGCAGUACUCCAGGUGAGGUCUGACUAGUGCUGAGUAUCGGGGAACUAGUUCCUCAUCGAAAGUGCUAGUUCUGUCAAGGCAGUCCAGAAUAGCAGCUGCAUCACAUUGUUGGCUCAUAUUUAGCUUGUGAUCCAGAACAACCCCAAGAUCCUUCUCAUUUGCAGUAUCGUUGAGCCAAGUGCUCCCCAUCCUGUAUUUUUCCAUCCUGCACAGCAGGGAGCAUCCCAUGACUAAUACUCUUUUCUUCCCAUUACUGCAAAUUUUGGUAUCAUUUAUUUUAUUUGGUUGACCUUUAGCUUCUUUUUCAGUGUGUUCAGUCGGAAGUUUUACAGCUUUCCUCUGUUGCAGCACAGCUGCUUUCCCAGGGAGUAGUUUUCCCAUUGUCACUUCCCUCAGGAUCCACUACUCCUGUCUCAGAUUGGAGGUGCACUUGUGUAAGUGCAUCACCCCUUUUUGGUCCCACUGGGGGAAGACGCUUGCUGCUCUAGUGCUUUCAACUUUUACCUAAGAGGUCUGUUUGCUUGCACUUGAAGUAUGACUUGUCCUCAGGAGAAAAGGCAUUGUAGUUCACCUUCGCUAGGGCGACUUCUGGGUCAUUUUUUACAAAAAUUUUGAGUGGGGACUUUUCCUGCAUGCUGGGACUGAAUGUGCCUCUCACACACUGCAGAAAUGUGCUGCAGUCAACAUAAACCUUAGCGCAAAUGUAAGGAAGAGAAAAUACUGGGAUGCAUAAAAUAUAAGUAAAGUUGUUUAUUGGUUUAAUGGAUAUACAUUAGAGAAAGAACUUGGAAUAAUUAGUCACUGGGCACAUGGGUGAUGACAGGGAUAAUUCCUUGUUUCCAUACAUAGCUUCCUUUGUCAACUAAUGCUAAAACCAACCGAUGCUAAAAAAUUAAAUGGCUGAUUUCCAAAUGCA